AUGUUAUCACUGCGUAUUGCAUCGAGAUUCAACGAAACUGUCGUCAUUGCAACUGACGCUUACGUUCUUGGGAAAUUAACAUCGGCUAUUCCAUCGCAACCAUUUAAACUGAGCAAUAUGAAAUUGCAGGAAAAUCUCAAUGAGCUGGCGGACCCUGGGUUCAACCGGCCAGCUUCCAUUGAUGUCAUUCUGGGAUCUGACGUCUUUCUUACACUUCUUAAUGGUAGUCAAGUCGAAGACGAAUGCGGCCUUACGGUGGCCCUACGCACAAUCUUCGGAUGGAUUAUCGCGGGUAGAUACAAUGCAGCCGAUUCAAUUCAUAGUAGUUGUGCAAUCGUAAGUUUACACACUGAAGUGGAUCUGAAUAAUACCUUACGACUUUUCGGGGAACAAGAGGAGCUUCAUCGCAAACCAAAGCUGACUUCUUCGGAAACAAAGGUAAAAGAACAUUUUAACUCUACUUUAACUCGUAACGUGAAUGGGCGUUUCAUUGUGCGUUUGCCGUUCGACAAUUCGAAACCGCCUCUUGGAGAAUCAUUAACUGUUGCUAUGAAGCGGCUCAAAUCAAUACAGAAGCGGUUUGAGUCCUGA